CUGUCAAAUCUCACAGAGCCGGCAGAAAUCCAACGGUUAAUAUAUAGACACGUCAUCAUUAAUUAAAAAGUAUUGACUAAUAGUUGACAACGACGACAAUACGACCGUAUCAGAUCUCUUUGCGUUUAAAACUUCAAAAAAAGCUCACUUUUCGGUAAAAGCUUGAAACACAGGAUUUAGCUAGAGAGGAUUUAGCGAGAGAGAGAGGUUGAAGAAGAUGACUAGUGGAGGAGGAUACGGAGAUCCGUCGCAGAAGAUUGAUUAUGUGUUCAAAGUGGUGUUGAUCGGCGAUUCAGCGGUUGGGAAAUCGCAGAUACUGGCUCGUUAUGCGAGAGACGAGUUUAGUUUGGAUUCUAAGGCCACCAUCGGCGUUGAGUUUCAGACUCGGACGCUUGUUAUUGAUCACAAGAGUGUUAAGGCUCAGAUCUGGGAUACCGCCGGCCAAGAACGAUACAGAGCGGUAACGAGUGCAUAUUACCGAGGAGCGGUUGGGGCGAUGUUGGUGUAUGACAUAACCAGACGCCAAACCUUUGACCAUAUACCAAGAUGGCUAGAAGAAUUGCGUGCUCAUGCAGACAAGAACAUUGUGAUCAUCCUUAUUGGGAACAAGUCAGAUCUUGUUGAUCAACGAGCUAUACCGACCGAAGAUGCUAGAGAAUUUGCAGAGAAAGAAGGUUUAUUCUUCUUGGAGACAUCUGCAUUUAACGCAACCAAUGUUGAGAGCGCUUUCUCCACGGUUUUGAGUGAGAUCUUCAACAUUGUGAACAAGAAAAGUCUUGCCGCGAGUGAAGAUCAAGAGAACGGUAAUCCCGGGUCGCUUGCUGGUAAGAAGAUUGAUAUUGUUCCAGGUCCUGGUCAAGUGAUACCAAACAAGAGUAACAUGUGUUGUAACUCUUAGAUAACCAAUUCAAUUCUUAAAUGUUACUUGAUAACAAUAUAUAGAUAUUUUAAAGACUCUGGUUGGGAUAUUUCUCCUAUCCAGAGCUGUGUGAUUCAUUUGUUGCUUAAUGAGCAGUUUUUGUGGGGUUUUGGGCUAUUGAAUCCCAGCAAAACAAACCGAUUUAAAUCUGAUCUAUUGGAUAUUAGUUUGAUUAA